UUGUAAAAGCAAUUAAUUUAGUCACCGUUCAUGGCCAUUACGUGUGUCAUUGUUCAUCAUAUAUUAAUGAGUUCAUAGUCGUACAAUUAUAAUUAAUGGAACUAUCAUGCAAUAGAACUGUAAAUGGAAGAAGGGUAAAUCGCAACUGUUUCGGAAGGAAAUGAUCUGUUAAAAAGUGCAGUGAAAUUGUACAAGGUGACCCAGAUUCAUUGAUAUCAGUCAUGAGUGUUAAACGGAUGAAUUAUAUCGAGCUGUCAACAUUUCUUGCAAACAAAGGAUUAUCUGAUACGGGAAAGAAAAGUAUUACAGAAAAUGAAAUUACAGGACAAAUGUUGUUUGAAUUUUGUGAAGAAGACAUUCAGGAUGCGUUUUCUGUGUUCAGAGACAGAUUUACAAUACGGAAAGUAUUAAGAGAACAAAAAUCGACAGAAAACCAGCCAUCCUCAGUUGUCUCCCCUAAUCGCCCGUCAUUACCAUUGGUCAAUCAUCAAGUUCAGAGUUCACCACAAUACAAACAAUACACACAGCAAGUAAAUAAACAGUCGUCUGAUUCAUUUUCUAACAAACCUGUUACGUCAUCAAGUCAACAAAACAAUGCAUACAGUCAUCAACAUCAUCAGCCAACUCGUGGAGUUAUUUCCCUUGUGUCAUCGGAACCUGAACGGAAUUCUCCGAUGAAGAAUCAAGUUAACCCAGUAUUUAUGUCUCCAAGUCGGACUAUAUCAUCACCACCAAUCAAAAGAGAGGAAACCCAAUCACGGCGUCAGUCGAUCGAGUUAAUGAAUGAAAAGGUUUCUAGUACGGACGAAUAUAGUUCUCAUCGCAAAAUAAUAGAAAAAGUUGAUGAUAACCAACGAAACAUUUACGACUCGGCAGUUGAUGCACUAGUUUCAUUGUCAAAACAUAUGGGCAGUGACUCUAACUUACAACAGAGAACCGGUUCGUCUGAAUUUCGUAUAGAUCCGAAAAGUCAUUCGCCUUCAACAACUGCUUCUACAAAUUCGUCAAAUAUCAUAUAUCAAAAUCGAAUGCAGCCUUCUAGUAGUCAAAUGCCAUCUGCAAGUAGCAUAUAUGGCUUAAAUUAUGACUGUACAUACGCAUGGAGUGUCAUGUCAAGUAAAGUGAAAACUUUCACAGCAGAUGAACUGUUGUCAAAGAGGUCUCGCUAUGCCAAACCAACAGAAGCACAACGAUUGGGUGGAAUACUUAUAAGAAAUGCCGCACAUGCAGCAGGUAUAUGGAAGGAUGCACCGUGUCUGCAUGAAAUCAAUGUUCCACAAAAGAAAGAAUUUUUCAAGUUUAUAGUUUCUUUGGCUCCUCAGUUAUCAGCCAGUCAAAAUACUAUAUUUACUAGGUUGAGGGAAGCUCUUCAAAAUAGGAGGAAGUAUCUUCUGGAUAAGAAACUUGGUAAAGUACAGGCAAGACGAAAACGAAGCUCUAGCGAUCUCAGUAUAGAAAUAGCAGAUAGUGGAUCUUUUGUAGAUCUGUCUGGCUUACCCGAUGAUUUUGAAGACGAAAGUAUGGACAGUAGUGCAGAUGAUGACGUAAAAUUUCGAAUGAAUAGUGAGGAAAUCCAGAUUAAAACCGAAACGAUUAUAAAAAAGGAAUAAUAAAGUUUACAACAAAUAA